GGUGACAAGGGUUGAAUGGCGCGGGUGAAAAUGGCGAGUGGAGCCCGGACCCGCGAGAACAUGUGCGUGCGGAAGGAUGGCUGUAUAUGUCCGAUGAUGGGUGGCGAGCGUUCGGAGUUUUGUUGGCGUCAGGGGAAGAUCCGUUAAGUACGUUCGAGGGGGCAUGGCAGCUAGUGUGGCAGGCAGGGUUCAAAUUCGCGGACCCGGAAGUUGAUGACGUGACGGUGAACCUUAGAGUAGCCAUGGCCGGGAGUUUCCAAUUGCCUAGUGAGAACAUUCGGAUGAGAUUGUCGCCCUUUUUACUAAAAAGGCUAGGCGGGUUGGAGCUUGUCAAGCGGGCAGUAGCCGACCUCGCCAACCUGACGUUUGAAGACGCGGUGGUCCACCGAGAGUAUUACCGGGCCAUCCUGGAGAUGGGGCCUUUCAGCGGUGAGCAGAAGUACGAGGUACUGCGAAUCCUGCGCGCCGUAUUUACCACCAGACCAAGGGCUCCGGUUGUUAGCGACGAGGUCCUAUGGGGCGUUGUUCGGCAAGAGGUAAGCCGGGGAAUGACUUACGUAGACGACCUGUACCGCCUGGUAGGUAAAGAGAUGGAGUCAGAAGAGGAGGCCGAAGGGUUGCGGAACAAGGGGAGUCAGGGCACGGAUAGAGACGGGGAACGAAACGAAGGGUCGUUAAGGGAUCGAGAGUCGGCAAAACCAGAGGGGACCAGGGAAGACGAGAAGGACCUUUCGACAGGGGAAAGUUCGGGGAAAGCCGGGGGAAGCAAAAGAGGACCCCAGCAAAGCAGGGGAAAAGGGGACAACGGCAGGACGAGUCCUCGAAAUUCUGACGGAACCACACCCAAGAAAACGAAAGUCUCGGACGCACGUCGUAAGCUGGCAGAAAUAGAAAAACGGACCGCAGAAUAUAAGGCAAGGCUUAUCGAGGAGAUGAUGGCUGGAAACGAAGGAGACCUUUUGGGAGAAGGGUCACGAGAAGAGCGCAGGGUCAGUCAGGGCGAAGUCAGGCUCGGAGGGAAGGACGAUAGCCAUAGGGGCACGCCCAGUAAGAAGGGUAAGGAAAAAGGGGACUCCCCAGCCGUAGAGGCGGAAAAGGCAACGACCCCACCUGCCAUAGACAGUGGCACCAACCGUUUGCCCGCCACGUCGAAAGCAACCAAGGCGUGCGACGGACUUUGGAGUCUCAAGGAAAGGGUGUUAGGAUGGUUUGAUCCGGAGGGUACGCCAAAGGCUGGGGAAAAGCAGAGGGAUACCAAGGAAGGAGAAGGGACCAGUACGGUCGGUGAAGCGGGGAGCUCCGGAGGGUGUCUCAAGAGGAUAGUAGCCACCCUCACCCGAGCUCUGAAUAAGAAUCAGGGGUAUCUUGCGGAUGCCAAGAAAAAACUUACCUUCUAUGGGGCAAACAUUACGGAGUUCCUGAUAGACUACGAGAACAUGGCAGCCUUGCAGAAAUGGACUGAGGAAGAAAAGAUGGAUCACUUAGGACAGCACGUGUCGCUGAGCUUAGGAAGGGACAUUAUGGCUAUUGUCGCUUCUAGUGGAUCCUGGAAAGAAACCCGGAACGAGAUGAUGAGGAAGUACCUGAAGGCAGAGAAAAUGGCAACAGAAGCCGAAUUGGCGGCGGUCCAGAGGAAGAACUAUGCGACUUACAAUGACUUCCUGAGGGCGUUUACCCUAGUGGCGCUACGAAUUCCCGGGGUAACAGACCGUAUAAUGAGUAAGUAUUUCCUCAGGCAGUUCUCCGAGUUCGACAAGGGUAAGAUUUUGUCCGCCUACCAGCAGACUAGUAAGUUCGAGUACACAAGGGAUGUGGAUUUCAGCACGGUAACAGACCUCGCAGAAAAGACAGUAGUGACCGAGACACUAGCCCUGCUCAAGGAAGGCGAGGUUAUCGACUUGACUGGGAAGACGGGGGACAAGGUCAAGAAGGGGAUAGAGAGCCUGCACGAACGGGUGCAUGGGGUUGAUAACAAGAUAGAAAGAGUAGAAAAUGUGCUAUUAGUAAUGCAGGCGCAGGUGUCCCGACCCGCCCUCCCGCCUCAAGAAACCGUAGUUUCGACGGCAGUAGCAAAUCGAGGGUACGGAAGGGAUCCGACCAAUGAGCAAUGCAAGCAUUGCACAAUGGUCGGACAUUUCGUACGGACCUGCCAAAGACUCAACCAUGAUAUCAUGAGGCAGAGAUGCAGCGGGUCCCUCAAAGGUGAAAUUUUCGGGCCUCAAGGAGAGCGCAUAAACUGGAAUUCGCCAGGAGGGAUGCGGCGUGUCGUCAUCAUCCUAAAUAAUCUGGAUAUAGCUGCCAUAGAAGCCGAGCCGGUAGCUGACAUUGUUUGGGACCAACCGAGGGGACGCGGACCACAGGUCAAUUUCAUCAUAGAAGGCAAUGGGCAGGAUAGGGUGAAUAUCACCACCCGGCGGACAGGCGCGGAGAAGAAACUUAUUCAAGAUACAGUAAUGGAAGAGGUCGCGGGGACCAGUGCAGAUCAAGGCGAAACUGAGACCAGGGAACAGGAGAAGGUCUAUAGAAAGACAAGGGAAGAGGAGCCGAUAGACAAAGCAGUGGCGGUUAAGAAGAAAUUCAGGUAUCAAAUCCCGAUCUUGACCUCGCCAGAAAUCGACAACACCCUGAGCAAAUUGCUAGGUAUCAUGGUAUCUGUAUCUUUCCAGACCAUGUUGCAAGCAAGCCCGAGACUGCUUAAGGGACUCAGAUAAUUACUAACGCGCCGACGCGUAGAGGUAGAGGAGGCCCCGGAAACAAAGGAGCAGGAAACGG